AUGGAUUAUUUUAAUAAAAAAGCUAGCGACUCAAGUGAAUCUGUUACUGCAGGUGGAAUUAUUCUGUAUCGCAUCAACAAAAACAACUGCCCCGAAUUCUUGUUGUUAAAAUCUCACAGAGAACCAUUCCAUUACACUCCACCCAAGGGGAGAUUGGAGGAGAAUGAAACUUUUGGCGAAGCUGCAAAGAGGGAAACUCUAGAAGAAUCAGGAAUUUCCCCUGAAAUGUAUGAAAUUGAAAAGAAUUUUGCCAAAUCUAUGAAAUACCAGGCUAACGACAAGGGGAAGGAGUGUAUAUAUUUUUUGGCAAAGUUAUACAAUCCAACAACAUCUGUUGUACUAUCUGAGGAGCACUCAAGUUAUGAAUGGGCAGAUUUAGAAAGAAUGAAAAGGUUAUGUUCUCACCAAAUGAUUAUUGAUGUUAUUAUACAGGCGCACAAUCAUAUAACUCACACUCCAUAG